AUGACGGGGGCUCGCCAGCAAGAGCUGGUCGCUCUGGCUCGCGCCUGGGCCGCGCAGCCUGGUUUGGAUGAGAAGCUUGCGGCCGCGCGGGACCUGCAGCGGCUGGUGCUGGCCUGCCCGCCCGCUGCAGUAGAGCGCGCACUCAAAGAGAAUCGCUUCGACAUUGAGUAUGUGCGAGCGGUGCUGACGGCGGCCCGGCCCGGCCUCACAGCCGCGGCGCCCUCGGCUGAGGACGCCAGCCUGCUUGCCGCUACACGCCUGGCCGUAUACAAGGCCGGGCUGGCGCUGCUUAGCGCCCAGGCCGAGGCAGCGCAGCAUGGCGCCACUGGCGGCAGCCAAGACAGCCAGGCCCAGGGCCGCGCGGCAGGAGCGGCGGCGGCGGCGGCGGCGGCGGCGGCGGCGCUGACGGAGCGCCAGGCUGGCGAGCUGGUGUCUGUUCUGGACAUGGAGCUGGGCGGCAUCACCGGCGCCGGCGACCUUUUUGAAGUUGCCGAGACGGCGGUGGAGGCCUUCGAGAGCGACGCGCCGCUGGGGUGCGCCGCCCUGGACCUGCUGCCAAAGGCGCUGGCGCUGAUGCAGGCGGCGGGCGGGGAGGUGAGCAUGCGGAGCGAGCAGAGCGGCGACGUGGCGUGCCAGGUGUCAGACGUGUGCAAGGGCUUCCUGGAUCGCGUCUGCUCCCACAGCUGGCCCCUGCCCAGCAUCGGCCGCGUGCUGGCCAGCCUGCGCGCCUUUCCGCUCACCCGUGAGAGCCUGGCGGGGGUGGUGAAGACUGCGGUGAAGAGGGCGCGGCUGGCGGACGGCCAGGACCUGCCCGCCGUGGUGCACCAGCUGCUGAUGCUGUCCGCCCGCGGCGGCCGGGAGCUGAUCCUGGGGGAAGUCAUGCGCCUGUUUGAGGCGCGGGAAGCGGCGGCGGCGGACAGCAGCGCCCACCAGCAGCGCCAGCUUCUGGAGGUGCAGGGCUCGGUGCUGCUCCACCUGGACAUGGCGGUGAAGCACGACGGCGAGCUGGGGCAGGCGUGGCUGCGUCAGCUGCGCAGCGACGCGCCGCCCCGCCUCUCCGCCUUUGCCCUCGCCGUCUCAUUCAUGCUGGCGGGCACCCAGCGCUUCGAGCAGCCAGUCACGGAUGCCCUCAAGUCGCUGGUUCUGGGCGCCUACAAGGAUGCGGCGGCGCAGGCGGCCUGCCCCUGGCUGCCCCCCCCCAGCAGCAGGCUGGCGGCCGCCAGCGGCGCGGGCCGGGCCGCCGCGCUGCGCAACGCGCUGCUGCUGUGCGCCCGCAACUCGGGCCACGGCCAGGGCGGCAUCGUGCAGCCCAUGGCGGCGCUGGCGGUGGCGCUGAUCGAGGCCGGCGGGGCGGCCGCCGCAGGCAAGGGCUCGGCCGUGGUGGCCGCGGCCGCGGCCGCGGCCGCCGAGGCCGGGCCCCAAAUCGGCGGCGGCGGCGUGGAGGGCGCCGACGGCGGCGCCAGCUGGGCAACGCCAGCUCAGCGCGCCGCCGACCUGGGCACGCGCCUGCUGCUGGAGCUGUAUGAGGCGCACCGAGACUUCAGGAGGGAAAUCAUCUGCCUCUGCCACAACCGCCUGGUCGGGGCCAGGGAGGAGGUGGCGGCGCCGUAUGUGCGCCUGCUGGCGCUGCUGGUGCGGCGCAACCAGGCCACCAUCGGGGACCACCUGGGCGAGAUGAAGCUGUCCCUGGAGCACCUGGCCUUCCUGCCCCCGGCCGCCGGCCUGGCGCUGCUGCUGGCGGUGUGGCCCGUGUGCUGGGCGCGGCGGGACGCUCACGACUAUGUCGCCAUGCUGCUGCGCAAGGCCAUGUUCAGCCGCGAGCUGCACGCCCGCCUACUGGCCGCCCGCGGCUUCCUCUACAUGAUUACACAAGAGCUGCAGGGUGGUGGUGGCGGCGGUGGCGGAGGCUUUGGCGCCAGCGAGCCGGGCCCCAGCCAGGUGCCCCUGAGCCAGCUGGGGUCGCUGAGCGGCGGCGGCGGCGGCGGCGCCACCCUGCUGCACGAGGCAAUGUCCUUCCUGCGCCGCUGCCUGGCACAGCAACCCGAGGUGCGGCGGGCGGUGUAUGACGGCAUGCCGGCGCUUCUGGCGGCAGACCCAUCGGUGCAGGCGGCGCGCGGCGGCGGCGACGAGGGCGGCGCGACGGGCAUGCUGCGGUCACGCUUUGCCGCGCUGCGCCGCCGCCUGGCGGAGUCCACCGUCGAGGACUUCAACCUGGAUAAGAGCAGCCAGGACUACUGCGCGUCCACGCCCGACGGCCAGCUGGGCCAGGCGCUGGCGGAUGCGGUGCUGGGGUGCCUGGAGGCGGCCAUGGAGGACUAUGUGGAGGAGCUGACGGGGGGCGCGAACGACGGCUUCAAGCUGCCUGAGCAGACGCAGACCCAGAGCCAGGCCACCAUGGCGGCUUCGGUGAAGCUGUGCCGCGACCAGGGCUUUGUGACGGCGGUGCUCACCGCUGCAUUGCGCCGCCUGCACGCCUGCGAGGCCGGCGACCUGACCGCCGCCAUUGCAGCAGGCACAGCUGGCAGCGAGGCGGAUGCCGCCGCGGUGCGCCGGCUGUUUGCGGUGCCAGACUGGCAGCAGCUGUCGCGCCCGCUGUUCAGGGCAGUACAGACCGUGGUGCUGUCUCACUGCAAGAGCCGGGCGGCGGGGGGCGCUGCCGGGGCGGGGGCCAAGAAGGAGAAAGACCCCACAGAGGCCAUGACGCAGGCCGCCGCUCGUGCCCUGCAGCAGCUGCUGGCCAUGGGAGCUGCCGGGGGGCUGGCGGGCCUCGCGGCGGUGCUGGAGCAGCUGCCGCCGCCGAGCGCCGGCGCCGUGGCAGCGGCGAACCUGCCGCCUGCCGACGGCCUGAGCGCGUCGCAGCGCGCCGUGGCGGCGGCGCUGCCGCUGCUGCACGAGAUGCUGCAGGCCGCCCUCAAGCCCAGCUGCUCAAAGGAGCUGGAGUUGCUGUGCGGCGGGCUGGUGCUGCUGGCCGGCCUGCUGCCGCCCGCCUUUGCGGGCGCGGUCGCCGGCUGGGCGGUGGAGGGCCUGGAAGGUCUGAGCGGCCUGACGCAGGCCGCCGCCGCCAAGGCGCUGCUGCAGCUGGCGCUGCGGGGCCUUGCGGCGGCGGCAAGGCCGGCGGCGGGGCCGGCGGCGGGCGAGGCGGGCGGUGGUACGGGCGGCGGUACGGGCGGCGACCUGGGCCUGCUGCUGGCUGUGGCCACAGACGUCAGGGAAAUGAUGAAUGCGGAGGAACUGGGUGAGGAAGGGGAGCGCUUUGCCGCGCUCAACGCCCGCACCCAUCUGGGCAUGCUGGCAGUGGCGGGGGCCCACCUGGAGGCAGCCCUGGGCAAUCUGGAGUGGGCGCUGGGCAAGCUCAGGAGCCUGGGCGCCGCCGCCUGCGACGCCAGCCAGCCCGUCGCCGCGCGGCAGCGCCUGGAGGCCACACGCCAGGCCUGGGAGCGGGCCGGGCUGCUGCGCCAGCGCCAGCUGGCCGAGGUGCUAGUGGUGCUGUGCGAUGUGCGGCUGGAGGGUACCGCCUGCGAGGCACUGGUCAAGUCGCUCACCCGCCUGUACAAGCUGCUCGGGGCGGCAGCCAAGGCACAGACGCCGCCCAAGGGCGCCGGCGGCGGCUCCGGCGCCGCCGUCAGCGGCGCCUUCAGCGACUUGGCGCACUGGGUGAACCGCGACUGCACGCCUCUGGAGGUGCACGGCCAGAACCAGCCUGAGGGGGAGCAGCAGGAGAAUGACGGCGGCGACAACGAGGAGGAUGAGAGGAGGGCCAAGAAGCGGGCGCGCGCCGGGGCGGCCGCCGCCAGCAGGGUGCCCAACCUGAUCUUCCAGAUCGAGGAGUUUGAGCGCCACCUCAUCCGCCUGUCCAAAGCAGGCACGCCGCGCACAGCCAUGCGCAGCCGAGCCGGCUGCCUGCCGCGCUUGGUAGCUGGCGGGGCCAACCUGAUGGUCACGGCGAGGCGCGCCACCAACCGAGACUUCAAGAUCAAGCUGGGCUCCGAGGGGCGGGAGGAGGGGGAGGCGGGCGGCGCUGUGCCCCGCGGCAAGCGCCGCCGCGUGUACCACGAGCAUCAGGAGCAGGAGAUGGAGGAGGGCCUGGAAGGGGAGGAGGAGGAGGAGGGGGAGGGGGAGGAAGGCGAGGAGGCAUAG